UACGUUUCCAUAACAAAAAGGAGGAGAAUUAGAAGGACGUAAGUAGUAGAUGGAAGUUUACAUGAUGAAGGAAAUAGAGGUGAAUAUCAAGUGUAGCAUGGACAGAAAAUCCAAGUCCCUCCCACCACCGCCACCUCCGCCUCCGCCACUACCAAAGGCAUGGGCUGCACGGCAGGUCACGGUUAGUAGGAGUGUGACUUUGGAGGAGAUUGCACGGUUCUGGAAACGUAAGAAGAUGGAGGAAGAAGAUCAUCUCCUUGAAGCCCAAAAGACCGCUGCCAGGAUCAGGGCCCGGAAUCUCACGGAGGAAAACUAUAAACGAUUUGAAGACUCACUGGAAGAGGACAUGAAGGAUGGCGCCAAGAAGGAAGAGAACAACAAGAAAGAUGAUGACAACAGAGAGAUACGCGUGGGAAUAAAAGACUGGUGGACCAAAAGCAAGUAUGCUUAUCUCAAUCAACCAGCCAUUCUAUCCAUGGGUCCAGCCAAGCGCACCUCCACUUACAUUCCAAACACUUGCCUUUUCUCGGCCCCUCCACCCCAAUCUGCCUUCCUUGGGUUUUCUAGGUGAUUUGUGCCUCUUGUCUCAAAGAAUAAGAUGAAUGAUCUCCUACAAAUCGGUUGCAUGUUAGCUUACACGCUACGUGUGUGUAGGACAUCUCAACCGUGCAAAAGUAUUCAGUCCCACAUGAAGAUCACCCAUUGCAAAAAUCAAGCCGGUACACUUAUGAGGUGCACUUGUGCACAACAAGUGCAUGUCCUUGAAUCGGACUGUCGGUAGUGUCUGACUUAAACCGUUCGUUGUGUCCACAAACGGUGGGCCAACUUGCCAGUUGAUCUUCAUAAGAGGGCCAACUUUUGCAUGGCCUAGAUGACGUGCACGCGUGGCAUAUUUUGAUUAUGGACUUUGGUUGUUUUGUAAACAUAUAACGCGUUUGCUUUUUAUUGUGAUGUGUGUUGGCUCUUAUUAUAGUGGAAACUUUUCUGGGAA